GUGGAAAAUAAGUAAAUAAACGCAAUAAAACCCUCACAAAGUCUCCAUAUUCGAUGUUUGAUGACCCUACCCAUGAGCAGGGACUUGGAACGAGAUGAUAUUUUGAGGUUCCUUUCCAAACUAAGCCAUUUUAGGAUAUAAUUCGAGGCUAGAAGGGAAGGCUGGGGGUGGAACUACCGCUCCCAGUGAGCUGCGCGGUGCCAAGCCGGGCCGGGCCCCUGUGGAGCAGGAUGGAGAGCCCGGCUGUGACCUUCACGUUGGCUUACCUGGUGUUCGCCGUCUGUUUCGUCUUCCCUCCCGAUGAGGUGCGAUCGGCCGGGCUGACGGUUCAAAGCCUGCUGGCCUCUUGGCUGGGCAGCGAGGACGCGGCCUUCGUGCAGUAUCACCUGAGGAGAAGCACCGGCACUUUGCUGGUUCACUCCGUGCUGCCCCUCGGUUAUUACCUUGGUAUGUGCUUCGCUGCACCUGAGAAACACCUUUGUUUUUUCUACCUGGCUUCAAAAGAAUGGAAAACUUUCUUCUUCUUUGCCGUUCUCCUUCCAGCAGUCAGCAGCACUCUGGCAUAUUACUGGUCACGGAAGGGUUGGAAUAACCACCCAUUGGCCCGGACGCUCGCUGUUUAUGCUCUACCACAAUCAGGUUGGAGGGCAGUGGCUUCUUCCAUCAAUACAGAGUUUAGGAGAAUUGACAAGUUUGCCACCGGAGCCCCAGGAGCGAGGGUGAUUGUUACAGACACGUGGGUGAUCAAGGUGACCACCUAUUGCCUACACGUCGCCCAGCAGCAGGACAUUCAUUUGACUGUGACAGACUCCAGACAGCAUGAACUCACACCAGACUCAAACAUGCCCGUGCAGUUCCUCACCAUCCGUGUUGCCAGCGUUAAUCCCUAUGUGAAGGCGUUUGAUAUCCGGCUGAACUCCACAGAGUAUGGGGAGCUCCGAGAGAAGCUUCGUGCUCCCAUCAGCAAUGCAGCUAAUGUUGUGAUCCAUCAAAGCCUUAGUGAUUUAUUUCUAGAAACCUUUACGUCUCUGGUGGAAAUGAACCAGACAUACUCUGUUCCAAGCACUCAGGAGCUGGAGCCAUGCAUAGGAUGCAUGCAGACUAUUGCAAACAUCAAGCUCAUCAAGAACUGCCAAGAGCCAAAUGAAGGCGAAUGUCAGCAAUGCUACUGUCGUCCAAUGUGGUGCCUCACCUGCAUGGGCAAAUGGUUUGCCAGCCGACAGGACCAGCAGCACCCAGAGACCUGGCUGUCAAGCCACGUGCCUUGUCCAACUUGCAGAGCCAAAUUUUGCAUUUUAGAUGUUUGCAUAAUACGAUGAAUAACACUUGGGUAUGUUGUAACUUUUUACAUUUGGAUGUAAUUCAUAGUGGUCAAAAGGCCCAUUUUCAUUGUUUCUUAGACUUUGCAUUACGUGGAAGUGCAAGCUACAGAGCUUUAUUUUCCAACAUUGAAAACAGAUGUACAUCUUCUCAGUUCUUCUCAGUUUUUACCUUUUGUCUUUGAUUUUUAGUCAUCAGGUGUCAGUUUUUUAGUAAAACUUUGCUUUCUGUGUCUUGGAUGGUAUAAAAUCAUCCCAUCCAUGUUUGCAGUACUGUUCUCUUUUUAACAUAGGUAUUUCUGACUCUUUCAUAAAGGGCUAACUGAGAAAAUUACUUCUGUUAGACUUUGUUCUUUAGUCCAUCUGCAAAGUUCUUAUUCAUCUUUGCAAGUGUUCACUAAACAAGAAUACCACUUGUUCUCCUGCUGGUUCCCUCCAUUAUAAAGGGGACUGGUUUCUCUAGACAAAGGAGUUGAAUUCCUGAACAUAUAUAAUUUCCACAGGGACCUUUUAUUCCAUUUGUCUGCCUCCAGUUUAGUUUUUGAUGGACAUAUUUAUUUCAAACAGAAGGAUUUAGAACUGUGCCGUGCUUACUUGCUAUUGCUGUGCAGUAUUACAUCUACAUUGUAGUAUUACAUACUACAUUGCUUAGGGUUUUAGUGUUUUCUAGGUGAUGGAUUUUUUUCCUACAUUUCAAAUAUCUGAAUUAUCUAAAUUACCUGAAAGAAUGGUCAACUACUUCAAAGCCUUUUGGUGCAUACUUCCAGAUGCAGCGUGCAUCCAAAUAAUAUGUGAAUUCAAAUCAAAGCAUUUUCCAUACAUUUAAAGAGCCAUUCUCCUGGACCUCAGUGCAAUGCUUACCAUUUUAUCUAUCCAUCAGACACUUCAAUGAACAGUUACUUCGCACACUUCUCGAUGAAGAGCUUCAAUCUGCUGGUGAAUGUGUGAGUUUCUAUGUUGCUCUGUGCACUGCAUUGGCUGAGAUGCAAAUGUUUGUUUGCCCAGGUUGUUUUUCUUAUGGGGCAGUAACUUAUAGAAACAAGUUGGCCAGAUGAUAAGAAAGGUGUAUUUUAAUGCUUCGGCCUAGGAGAAUGAAAGCCCUGAUACUUCCCAUAAUCAGGAGGAUCUUGAUUGUAAAUCAAAAGCACAAGUGGCAUGGCAGUGCUUAACAGGCACAUCUAGAUUGCCUUGAGAAGAAAGAUUGCUUUGAGCAGGAAUUGCUGGCAGCACGUUAUUUAACCUUUAGAAGAGUCUUACAGGGCCGGAUGGUGUUGUCUGCUAUGCACCUCCUCACUAUAUACAGUAGACUUAACAAAAAAACCUGUUUACUUAAGUUUGCGUAAUAUGGCACAGAUAGAAAGGAUGUAGUAAUUGAAAGAGUUAUAGAAGGAAAUGCAUAAUUUUGGGCUUUGUCACCGACAGUCAUUCAACUCGUACAUCUCUUUUUCUGUUUGGAAUAAAAAUAUUUAUUUUAAAGAUCUAUGAAGAUCAUAAAGACCAGAUUAUAACAAAUGUAAUUGCAAAUAUUCUUAUUAAAGAGUCAGUUGCCCGUGAUUUCACACAGAGUAAAAGCUUUAGAUUCCCAAUUGCUUGUGCAGAACGGUUUUUCUUUAGAGAAAUCUAUCAUCUUCGAAUUGAAGUUUUUAUUCCAGUGGAACUUUGCUUUUACAUCUUAUUUCUUUUGCCAACAUGACAGUAAAACAAAGUAACAGUCUUUAUAAAUACUCUUGAACCUUUUGAUGGUUGUGCUCUUUCCACAGAAGUGCCUCAACUUAGUAAUAAUUACCAAAAUAAAAUGAUGAAUGAUGUUAA